AUGGCCUCCGAAAAUCCGAGAAAAAACCCCCAAUUCCAUCUAUAUUCCUACUACCGCUCCUCCUGCUCCGCCCGCCUCCGUAUCGCCCUGAACCUCAAACAAAUCCCCUACACAACCACGUUUGUAAACCUGCUGAAGGGUGAACAACUUUCACCAGCCCACCGCGCGCUGAACCCUUCCGCUACGGUUCCAAUUCUCAUCAUCACCUCAAGCUCUAAUCCCAACCCAACCACCUUCAGUAGCAUGACUGACAACCUAAUGACCUCCAUCACAAUCGGCCAAUCCAUUGCUGCGCUUGAAUAUCUUGAAGAGAUAUCCAUCAAUACAGAUACAAAUACAACCCCCCUCCUCCCCCCAUCCACCUCACCACAUGCCCGCGCCCAAGUCCGCACCCUUGUAAAUAUCAUAGCCUGCGAUAUCCAGCCUGUCACAAACCUGCGGAUCCAGCAGCGAGUCAAAGCCCUGGGCGCAGAUAACACUCUCUGGGCUCAUGAGCUGAUGGAAGCUGGAUUUGCGGCACUCGAAGCGCAGAUGUUGACCAGUGCAGGCCAGUAUUCAGUUGGUGAUGCUGUAUCAAUGGCAGAUGUGUGCCUGGUGCCAGCAGUGUGGGCAGCGCAGAGGUUUGGGGUAGAUUUGGGGACAUUUCCCACCGUGUCCAGGGUGGCGGAGAUGUUGGAAAGUUUGGAGGCGGUGAGAAGGGCGCAUUGGGCGAGGCAGCCAGACACACCAGAAGAGUUAAGGGCAGUGGAUUGA